UGAAAGCAUGCCCAUGAUUGGUUGCCAAGAAAUUUAAGGUGGAUUGACUGGUUUUAGCCUUGGAAAUGCCACAAUCAAGAAUCAAGCUUCCUGUUUAUGUCCAUGCAAAUCACUAACGUUAAAUCAACGAAGUUGGGAGAAGUUUGUGUUGGUUAUUUUCCAUCGUUCUACUUCGCUUGGAUUUCCUGUCCCAGGCUCAAAAACACAAGCGUUAAACGUGUCAAGUAAUUAAUCGUUCUGUUCUGACAGCUGCUGCCUCCAUGAUUACUCCAGCAUGACAAUCUCUGCAAAAUCAGAAAAAACAGAGAACAAAGAACAGAGUCCUACCUUAAUCCCGGAUUAGCAACACAGAGACGAUAAAUUGUUGGAUUCGGUUUCUGGGUUUGUCUACUCGGUUCCCGAGCUCAAAUGGGUCGUAGGCAAGCUGACUCAGAUUUCGGUCGUUUUACACUUUUGGUCCUUUUAAUCAUAGCCGCAGUCUCCUGUUGCAUGGCCUAUCUUAGUUUCUCCGUCGCGUUUAAAGGCAGUGGCAAUACGAAUUCUGUUGGUUCGAGGAGGAGCGAUGAAGAAGACAGAGAAGAGGAAAAUGGGUGUUGCAGAGGGAUUGAGCAUUUAGAGCUGUGGGGUGAUGCAGUGAAAUGGGGAUCGGAAUUCAAAGUGAAUUCUUCAGACGAGUGUUGUUACGCUUGCAAGGAGAUGUGUAAAGGUGACGAUGGGCCUUGUUUGUGCGACUCUUGGGUGUUUUGUGGCAAUAGAGAGGCCUGCGGGUCUAGAUUUGGUGAGUGUUGGCUGAAGAAACAAAAGGAUACCUUGGAUCCUGAUCGGCGAGACUCAGGUGAUGAAGUUAUAUGGACAUCUGGCCUAAUCUUUGGUAAAGGAGAGGGUAUUGUUAAGUUGAAAACAGAGUAUGGGGCUCUUCAUGUUAAACUUUUGCCUGAUUGUGCUCCACAUUCUGUUGCCUAUAUUCUUGAGCUGUUGGCAUUACACCAUUGUGCGGGUUGCCAAUUUUAUCGUGCUGAAAGCCGGGGAAACUCUUGGGAUCCUCAAGGAAAUCACAUUGAACAUGCUACAUUUGGCCCCCCAUUUGCACUAAUUCAAGGAACACUUGAAGCCCAUGGGCCUGCAUUUAAGGAUAUUCCAGUAGAGGCUUGCCCCACCGUAAGAAGGGGAUCGAUUGCAUGGGUUGGCUCUGGCCCAGAGUUCUUCAUCAGUCUAGCUAACCACAAGGAGUGGAGCAAAGCAUACACGGUGUUUGGGUAUGUUCUACCCGAAGGUAUGGAAGUUGUGGAGAAAAUAGCGCAGCUUCCAACAAUACCAGAGGUGUGGAACAAUAUUAAUGUAUCUGUCUUGGAAAGACCUGUUCCUUUACGGUUCCUAAGAAUGAAGGGAAGUGCUUGAGAUCUGAUGCUGAAUAUGUUCAUUGGAUCAAAGUGCAGCAGACUGUAGUGCAGCUAUGCAGGAUGUUUUUCAUCUCCUACUUCAAGUUUCUGGUGUACGAUGAUUUACAAACUCAGUUACUUGGAUCAUUUGAGCUCCAAGUUUGCUUUGAUAGUUUAAUAUGAGGAUGCAUAGCAAUACAUACCCACCAAAAUUUUGUAUAUGUAAGAGUCAGUUACAAAAUAUAGUCAAUUUGAGCCUAAUUUGGGCUUAAAUAAGCAUAGAUAAUGUAGUUCUUGCUAUGGAAAAAUGGUUGCCUUUUCUUCUGUGUUA